UAAGAGCAGAACAAAUGUCAAAAUCACGAGUUCUUAUCAAAUUAUCACUAAUGUAAAAUUUUCAAUAUGUAAUUGCUUUGAAUAACAAUAAUACUUCCAACUGGAAACAAAAUGCUAGAUACAAUAAAAUUCUAGACCGAGUGCAAAAAAUAAGAAUAUGAGUGAAGAAGCGUAUAUAAAUAAACUGCCAUUCGAACUCUUCGAAAUAAUAUUGCGAAAAAUCAACGGGUCUGUCCUAGGAAAAUGUAGAAGAGUAUGCAGAGGCUGGAAAGAACUAAUUGACAGUUCAGAGUAUUUGUGGCACGAAAAAUGUCGAAAGGAGUUCAAAAAUUCCUCGAAAAUCGCUAAAAGGAAAUCUGGUAACCAAUGUUCUUGGUAUCACAUAUACAGGAAUCUUUAUCAAUGGUCUGAUUUAAGAGGAUACGACAUAGAAAUAAGGGAAUUCUUCAAGUUUUCCUUGAGCGACAUUUCACAUGUUUUAAGCAUCGAUUACGGAAUUUUACCAUUAAGAGACGACAGAGGUACAUUUCUGUAUGACACGAGUACAUUAAAAUAUAUUACUGUUGCUUUACCAGAACGAAACUGUUUAAAAAUUAUGAAUAACGAUAAUGUAACAAUUAUACAAGUUAAAUCAGGCAUAUACAUACAACGAACAGUUGAUAUUGAUACUCCAGAAUUUGCAACUGAAGCGUUUUUGAAAAUGGAUGAUUUUAUACUGACGAACAACGUAUUGUAUCUUCACCAAAACCGAGAAAUUUUCUCAUUGGAUCUAACACUCCAAGAAUUUACACCAGAAUUUAUCGUUACAAUAGAUUAUAAUAUCAAAGAAAUGCAGUAUAGCGAAGGUGUAUUAUAUUUGUUUACUGACUAUGGAUAUAUAGCGACCGUCGAUAUGAGUAAUAAUUAUUCCAAAGUGAAAUACAGACCUAUAAAUUGUCCUGUAGAAUGGAUCAAGCAGAUCAAACAUAUAAGUGCAGUGGACGACAAAAAUUUUGUAUGUUACUCACGAAAUUUAAUUAAAAUAGAGGUAGACCAAUACAAGCACCUUUAUUUGGAGUUUCCACCAAUCACAGCAUUGUUUUUCUACGUGGACAUCAUAUUGCUUGGCACAGGCGAUGGAAAGAUUUUACUAUACAGACUGUCCAGUCAAGAGACAUCAUUUAAACCAAUGUUUGAAACUCUGGCAAGGUUACCUGACGGAAAAGUCGCCGUGCAAUUAGAUGUAUGCGAAAGAAGAUCUGGACCUUUAAUAGUGGCGUCUACGUUUUUCGAACUCUACGUCAUAGAAAUACCCUUUUUCCCUUAUGAACAGCAGAGCGCAAAAUCAACUUUUACUGCGGACAAAAUGCACAUGUACAAAAGGAUGCAAAAACUUAAAGAAAGAUUGAAAUCUAAUAGUCAUUUAAAUUCGUAUUAGUCGAAAUUGACUUUUACAUCUAUACUAAUACUAAUAAAUAAAAUUGAAGUGUUGUGUCUGUUUGAACGGGCUAAUCUUCGGAAUGGCUAAACCUAUUUUGACGG